AAUAAUUGCCCGAGACGUAUCUCCCGACGGAAUCUCGAGGGAAAAUACGGCUACGGUAUCGUAUUCGGCGUCGAGAUUCCAUCCAAAAAAAGACGCUCGACAAUGUGAACGACAGAGGACGAGCUCUUGGGACCGAAACUGGAAUGCAGCAGCGAGGCAUUCGGGUCCGCUCCGGCUCUGGCUCUGGCGCUGGCCAAUUCAAGAGGAGGAUCGGCUGAGGGCCGAAGUGUGAGAGAGGAGCCCGGGCGCAAAUCGGAGACACGGGACGGGAGAGAGCGAGGGAGGGGGAGAGGGUGAGAGGGUGAGAAAGGAGGUCGGAGCGUGCUUCCCUCGCAAAUUGGAUUGGGUUUGGUUUUGAAUCUCGUCGCGAUGGCCGAGCGUAAGGUGGAUCCUCUGGAUGCAAUCAGAGCCUUGAUGGCAAAUUACUCGCCAGUGAUCGAUGCGCUCGUCGUUCCGUCCGAGGAUUAUCAUCAGAGUGAGUACACAGCCGACGCCGACAAGCGGCGGCAAUUUGUUUCCGGGUUCACUGGAAGUGCAGGUGUAGCCGUGAUCACGAGUACAGAGGCUUUGCUGUGGACUGAUGGACGGUACUUUUUGCAAGCGACUCAAGAACUCAGCGACAGAUGGAAACUCAUGAGGAUAGGAGAAGACCCUUCCUUGGAACAAUGGUUGGCUGAUAAUUUGGACAAGAAUGCACAUGUGGGUGUGGAUCCUUGGUGCAUAUCCGUUGAUACUGCAAACAGAUGGGAACAAGCUAUUUCCAAGCAAUCUCAGAAAGUUGUACCACUCAAACACAAUCUUGUUGAUGCUGUUUGGGAAAGUCGUCCAUCCGCGACGAUUGUUCCUGUAACUGUCCAUCCUUUGGAGUACACAGGUCGGUCUGCAACAGAGAAAAUUGCAGAGUUGCGGGCAAAUCUGCUAAAAGAGAAUGCAUCUGCAAUGAUUGUUUCCACUCUAGACGAGGUUGCAUGGCUGUAUAAUAUAAGGGGUGGGGAUGUUCUGUACAACCCAGUCGUGCAUGCAUUUGCUAUUGUUACUCACAAAUAUGCCUCGAUCUAUGUGGACAAGAGAAAAGUAGAUUCUAAGGUCGAGGCUUAUUUGGCGGAGAAUGGCAUCGAUGUAUACGAUUAUGACUUGAAAGCCAUACUGCAAGAUGUUGAAGGACUUGCAACGUUAGAUGCUCCAAAGGAUGAUAUUGUAUCAGAUAGAGUUGAAAAUGGAAUUGGUUCUGAUGGACCGUUGCCGAAUUCGGGUCAUGAGAAUGGGUUCAGUUCUGUACAGGAGGAUAACAACAGCCCCAUCAAAAUUAGUACUCCACUUGUCUGGAUGGACCCAGCAACCUGCAGCUUUGUGUUGUAUGCCAAACUUCCUGCGGACAAAGUGUUCUUACAACAAUCACCUCUGGCGCUUGCCAAAGCACUUAAGCAUCCAGUGGAGCUUGAGGGCCUCAGACGAUGUCACAUUCGAGAUGGAGCUGCUGUUGUGGAGCAUACGGCCUGGCUUGAUGCACAGAUGCAGGAAUUGUAUGGAGCUGCAGGUUUUUUCACAGAAGCCAAGGAUACUCUUAAACGCAAGCGCACGGAAGCAGAGAAGAUGACAGAAGUAUCUGUUAGUGACAAGUUGGAACACUUCCGCUCACAGCAAGAGUUUUUCAGAGGUUUGAGCUUCUCAACAAUAAGUGGUGUCGGCUCCAACGGAGCUAUUAUCCACUACCAUCCAGAGCUUAAGACCUGUGCAGAAAUGCAAGCUGAUAGCAUGUACCUCUGUGAUUCUGGAGGGCAGUAUUCAGACGGAACCACUGACAUCACACGAACAAUGCAUUUUGGUAAACCGACAGCACAUGAGAAGGUCUGCUAUACACAGGUUUUGAAGGGCCAUAUCGCUCUGGACAUUGCUAUUUUCCCCAAUGGCACAACUGGGCACGCCCUUGACAUCCUAGCAAGAGUGCCUUUGUGGACAGAAGGAUUGGAUUAUCGACAUGGCACCGGACAUGGUGUCGGUAGCUUCUUGAAUGUGCAUGAAGGUCCUCAUUUGAUCAGCUUUAGGCCUCAGGCUCGCAAUGUUGCUCUUCAAGCAACCAUGACCGUUACCAAUGAGCCGGGUUAUUACGAAGACGGUAAUUUUGGGGUGAGGAUAGAGAACGUGAUGAUUGUGAAGGAGGCAGAAACGAAAUUCAACUUCGGCGACAAGGGUUAUCUCGCUUUUGAACAUGUCACCUGGGUUCCAUAUCAAACAAAGCUCAUGGAUCUUUCUCUUCUCUCGGAGGCCGAAAAAAACUGGAUUGAUCUGUAUCACAAAGAAUGUCGGGAGAAAUUGACACCUCUCCUCUCUGGCUAUAGUCUGGAUUGGAUGAUGAAAGCUACUGAGCCGCUUCCUCGGUAAAUCCAGCUAUAUUUGCCAGCUCAGUUUCUUCACAUGUCUCAUUGAUGGCACUAUCUAGGGUGCAAUCACCCGUUGUAGAUAAGUGAGCAUGCUGGAAGCUUUAUGCUUGUACAUAUCCAGCUUGAAGUGAUCACUGUCAUCAGAUAUUUAGGAGAAGUCAGGGAACUUAUGAGCUGCCAAAAGUUGGCCUCUUUGUCCAGAGAAGAAGAGUUCAACGUCGCAGAUCAAUAGAGACGGGACGACAGGUUUUCAAUGACAAGCUGAAUGUGAAUGAAAUUUCA